AUGGCAUCGAUGGCAUACCACCAUAUUGCGAAAUUGAUCUCAGACCACAUACUGCACAACAAGAAGGAUGACGUGCUGGAGAUGCUGCAAUCAUCUAACUACGAUGACGAGUGGGUGAAAGCUUGUUCGGAGAUACACGAAGACGACCCCGACACCAUCGAAGCGUUCAGCAACAUACUCCCGCGUUUUCAAAUAGCGAUUGUGGACAAUGGUGAUCACGGAGUGCUGGUGUCGAGGAUCACGUUAAUGUCCAAGAUAAUAUCCCCGUACAUUAUCUACGACCAGGCAGCAAGAAGAGACACAGGGCUGGCAAGCGUGAAAAACAUGUACCUCUGUCUCCGAAACUUUACUGAGGUUUUCUGCACGCUGGUGAAGGAUCACAGCGUGAUGCACAACAUGCACAAGACAUCAUCGCUCAUCAAUCAACUGGAACAGGCCGCGGCACGAGCGACAGGCACCCAUGGAGAAGGAGACGGCCUGAAAACCAUAACGGGCGAACUAACAUCGAUACACGACCGUCUAAAAAAGGCGUUAACGACGUCACUGCAUGAGCUCAGCAACAUCCCGGAGGACAUUUAUGAUGGUCUGAAUAUGAAAUAUAGGGAAGCUGCCAAGCACUUCAACGAUAAAAUGAAAGAUAUCAUACCCAUGAUUGAUAUCAACCAAACCCUGAUCUUCCAAGACUUUUUUAUAUCGCAGGAUCAACAACAAGCAGCAAUGGCAAUUCAUCAAUAG